AUGGAAGACCGAAGUGGACAAAUCUGGGCUGUAGCGAUCAUAUUCCUCAUCAUCACAUGGCUCACACUCAGCCUAAGGGUAUGGGUACGAGCGGGAAUGCUCCGGUGCUGGGGCUUGGAUGACUGGAGUAUGCUUGUCACACAAAUUCUAUACACCAUGUAUCUAGCAAGCCAGAUAACCGGUUUAACAUACGGGACUGGACGUCACCAUCGAGACCUUGAACCCGAGAACGUUAGAAAGGCUCUACGGUGCUGGUGGUUUUGCGAAAUCUUCUACGUCCUCGCCAGUACCUGGCUCAAACAAGCCGUCGGUGUCUUCCUCCUCCGCGUUGCCGCAAAAAAGACCCAUAUUUUCAUCUUGCGCGGCAUGAUGAUCGCCAGCGCUUUCUUCGGCACCCUCUACUUCCUCGUGGUCCUGCUUCAGUGCCGGCCUAUCUCGACCUUCUGGAACGAGAGCCCCGGCGCCGACAAGUGCAUUCCCGCAAGAAUCAUCAUCGGCUUAACUUAUACGGCAGGGUGCCUCAAUGCAAUCGCGGACUGGACCUUCGGGAUCCUACCUAUUUUUAUCGUCCGCGAUCUCCGCAUGUCCAAGAAGGCGAAAAUCCUUGUCGCUGGCCUUCUAGCAUUUGCCGCGAUUGGCAGCACAGCAACCGUCGUACGCAUCCCUUUCACAAGCACUCUGGGCGAGACAGAAGACUUCCUCUGGACAACAACAGAAAUGGCCAUCUGGUCCACCGUCGAGCCCGGCAUCGGCAUCAGCGCCGGCUGCAUCGCAACUCUCCGCCCGCUCUUCCAAAUCAUCUUCCACCGCGUCGGUCUCAGCAACUCCUCCCGACCCGGCUCCAGCAUGCGUCUCGGCUCUCGCCGCCCCGAUCUUGGCUAUCGCGGCCACCGCAGCCGCGACGUCGAGAAUCCGCCGCGCUCGAACGGCAUGGUCGGCACGGUGACGACGAUCACGAGCCAGAAGGGCGGGGCGCCGCAGGUUGGUGGGGGCAGCUGGGAAGAGCGGAUGGGGAGGGAAGGCAGCGAGGACGAGAUUGUGGGGAAGACUGGGGCUGGCGGGAUUGGAAAGAGCGUGUUCGUUAUGUAUGAGGAGGAGAGGCGGAAUAGUACGAGGGAUGGGGCGAUGGAGGGGGCGAGUGAGGCAUGGGAUCCUAUUAAACAACCUAAAGUUUGA